GACGUGUAAGUAUAUUUAGAACAGUCACGGAAAUCGAAUAUAAUUGCGUUAUUUGUUUUUAAUAUGUAGAAAUUAUUCUUAAAAGAAACAUUUAAAAAUUAUAGUGUAUCAAUUUAGGAUAACAUUCUAUUUUAUUGUGUUAAUUCAGAUCCAAAAAAUAGUUUAGUGACGUCACACUUAAUUACCUAUUCACAAAACAGUAAAAUAAACUAAGCCAUUUAUUUAAGCGAAAUAGGUUAGGCUUAAUGAGUUUAUUCUGUCUAAUAUUUGUAAUUUUAGAGUAGAGCGAUUUAUGAGGAUUGUCUUUAUUUUUACUCAAAUAAAAGAUAAUGGCUGGUGGCAAAGCUGGAAAAGAUUCAGGAAAAGCCAAAGCUAAAGCUGUAUCUCGUUCAGCAAGAGCAGGAUUACAGUUUCCAGUUGGUAGAAUUCAUCGUCAUCUUAAAAGUAGAACAACCAGUCAUGGACGUGUGGGAGCCACUGCUGCAGUUUACAGUGCUGCCAUUCUUGAAUAUUUGACAGCAGAAGUAUUAGAAUUAGCUGGAAAUGCUAGUAAAGAUCUCAAGGUAAAAAGAAUAACCCCAAGACAUUUACAGUUGGCUAUUCGAGGAGAUGAAGAAUUAGAUUCCUUAAUCAAAGCAACCAUUGCUGGUGGUGGUGUUAUUCCACACAUUCACAAGUCUCUUAUUGGCAAGAAAGGAUCCCAGAAGACAACAUAAAGAUUUGGCUUUCUUGAACAUACAUAUAGUCUUUUCUGUACCUGCAUAAAUCAGUUCUUCAUAAUUUUCUACUCAAAAUGUAAAAUUAGUUUUAUUACUCACAGUAUUAUUCAAAUGUUUCUUUUUUUUUGUGUGCUCAUUAUGAUUUGUAUGUACACAGGCCUACGUUUGUCUGCAGAACUUUUGUUGAUGUAAAAACAAAAAAUUAUAUUUGUAUUUCAUGUACAAGUUUUCUAACUAAUGUGACUCAGAAGGGUUAUACCUAUUGUUUUUGAAUUUGUAUUCACUACACAAAUUUGUAUCAUAAUCACCAUUUGUUUUAUUAAAUAAAUGUUUUGGAUAUUUA